AUGUCUCAGCAAAAGCUCCGCGACUUUCUGGUUCAGAUCCCGGACAGGCCAGGAGUGCUGGCGACGCGUGUCGGAAACGUGCCGGCGCACAUGGAGCGGCUAAAGGGACUGAUCGAGGCCGGGACGAUAGUGAUGUCGGGGCCGACGCUGGCGGCGCACCCAGCUGACGGCGAGCAGGGACUCCCCAUCAACGGCAGUGCGCUACUGAUUCGCGCUACCUCCGAGGCCGAGGUGCGCACCGUUCUCGCUGGCGACGUCUACGCCCGUCUUGGCGUUUGGGACCUCGAGCGCGCUACCGUCACUCCGUAUUUAUGCGCUGUCAGAAAGCCCCUGUGA